AUGGGUGCGACUACUCAAGCUGCCAAUGGAGCAGCCCUCCCUUCACCACCUUUCGUCACUGUUGUUGGAAUCCAGAAUUUCCGCGACCUCGGCGGAUACACCGUGUCCUCACGCAGCAACCACUCCGUCCGACGCGAAAUCAUUUAUCGAUGCGCUGAACCGUCAGGAAUCACCAAAGAUGGAAUUGCCACCAUACAGAAGCUGGGGAUUACUCAUAUGUAUGAUCUACGAUCUAACCCCGAAAUUGAGCGUGCUCAAGCGGCCGGAAGAGGCGGGAUCGUAACGCUAUGGGAUGGCUGUGAGAGAGUGUUUUCACCUGUUUUUGCGGAUCAAAACUACAGUCCGGAGAGCUUAGCUCUGAGAUUUCGGAAUUAUGCUUCUAGUGGCACCGAGGGGUUUACAAAAGCUUAUACUAAUAUUUUAAAUGCUGGGCCGCCUUCUUUCAAGACUAUCUUGUUGCAUUUAGCGUAUGAACCCUCCAAACCCAUCAUCGUGCACUGUACCGCGGGCAAAGAUAGAACGGGGAUAAUUUGUGCUCUGAUUUUAUCUCUGUGCGGUGUGGAUGAUGAAACUAUUGCUUAUGAGUACUCACUCACUGAGGUGGGGCUUUCAAACGAAUGGAAACAGGACGUGAUUGAGCAUUUAAUGGACAACCCAGCUCUACACGGAAACGUGGAGGGUGCUUGGAACAUGAUUAGUGCUAAAGCGGCCAAUAUGUUAGCCACAUUAAAGGUCAUCAAAGAGAAAUUCGGCGGUGCUGAGCGGUAUAUGAUCGAAAAUUGUGGCCUCACCAAAGACGAGGUGGAGAAGAUUAAAUCAAAUUUGAUUGUUGAGACCCUGACACGGUGA